AUGAUAUACAGUAACCAAGACGGCCAAAUUGCCUUCGAGAGCUCCCCGUCAAUUGCGGAUUCAGAAAGAGCUAUUUUUACUCCAGAUAUCCAGGAGAGAUUUGCAGAGUUGGUCUCCUUGAGGUCACCGUCACUUGCGAACUUGUCUGUUGCAGCUAGGCCGGUGCGCCCCGAACGUAGCCGAGGCCCUUGCGCAUAUCCCAGCAUGGCAGGAAGAACAAGACAAAGGGGAAGCUGGAGUCCGAUAUGUGGAAGUCCCACGCCACUGAUUCCGUGUGAUUGGCAAGUCGGUCAAAACAGACGCCAAAGACGGGGAGGCGGCAGACGCCGAGAACUCGGGCUGCCAUACUCUUCGAUUGCUGCAGACUUCGGGGGGGACGCUCUAAAUCUGCCCUCGGCUUCAGGCUGUGUCAUCCGUGUUGAUGACGAGGCUCGCCUGAAAAAGUACUAUGAGAAGGCCUUUGAGGGCUUCCAACAACUGAACUGCAGAGUUAUAGCCAAGGCUUUCAUCAAGCUUGUUGAGCCGCGAAAACAGGUCAAUUAUCCAUAUAACGGACGACGGGCAUCCUCCAGUCCAGGGGGCGAGAGGCGUGCAGAUCCGGAGAUGACGAAGCCGCCAUGGUGGCCCGCUGGCGUCACUCACAAGGAACCAGAUCAUCUUCUCAAAGCAGAGCGCAUCCAACUGCUCAUCCACAUUCUUCGAGAGCUCCGUGAAAGCCACGACAUCACGGCCGAGAGGCUGCGCGAUGCCGGACAAGAUGUGCGCCGAUCCAUCAGCCCGCCUGAGCGGCUCCAGAUCCUGGACGAGGUAUACAGCGUCCGACACAUGGAGGAGCGGUAUCUGAGGGGCGAGAUACCCGGCGAUGUGCUGGUCCCGAUUGCACAAGUGCACCUCUCAGGGCCUGAAUUCGAGGGGAACGACGACUCCAGCAUGCGCAGCAGCGAAGCGCCGUCGUCGUGGGGGAUGGACUCUAGCGACGGCCGGAGCGAGACGGCCGGCACGUACGAUCACCUGAUGCCGUACUCCCACAGCAGCAGCAUCAGCAGCAACAACAGCAACAACAACAACAACAACAACACCAGCACCAGCACCAGCACCAGCACCAGCAGCCAUCCUCCCGGCUCUUCGUCGACGCGCGCCAGCUCGUGGGACAGCAGCAUGCCAUACAGUCCACGAGAGUAUCCCAGCAGCGCAACUUCGGGCGUGCCGUCUCCUCACUCGGUCGAAGUGUCCCCCCCUAACCACCAUCGGCCCUCGUUCUCGAGCUACCUCAACCAGCCCAUGCUCGCCUCUGCACCUGUCACCACUGGCGUUAUGUGGAAUCCUGCGCUUCAGGCUCCAGCUCCUCCCUAUCACCCUCCGUUCUGA